CCCUAAGCCCUCUGCUCUGACGCCUGCUCAACCACCUAUUUGCGGGCGGCGUUCCUUUUCUUCCCGUCGACGAUUGCAAUUAAGGGCAGCUUUACUCCCUGGCGCGACUAUCGCGACAGGGAUAACAGCAGCUGCACCAGACAUGAUGCAAGCGGCGAUCACUUCUAAAUUUAUUGCAAUGGCAGUUGCGUUGGGCUCGGGGCUGCUGACUGCCAUCGCAUGGCUUGACGCAAAAUGGAAGACUCAAAAGCCAGGACUGCAGUACACGCCCACGGAGUUCCACGAGCGGGUGCUCCGCUGCUGUCCCACCCUGCACCAGCCCUACCGCCCAGUGCCCUUCAUGACGAACCCGCACGUUGAGACCAUCCUGGCCGCCAAGACCCGCCGCAGGCCGCCCCUGGCCUACCGCCGGGAGAUCCUGAUGACGGGCGACGGGGGCUGCGUGGCACUGGACUGGGAGCAUGUGCAGGAGCAGUCCUGCCCCCCGCUCCCCGACCACGCCCCCGUGCUGGUGCUGCUGCCGGGUCUCACGGGCGGCAGCGGCGACAGCUACGUGCUGCACGCGGUGGCCUCCGCGCGGCGGGCCGGCAUGCGCGCAGUGGUGUUCAACGGGCGGGGCACUGCGGACAGCCCUGUGCUGACGCAGCAGUUCUACAGCGCCAGCUUCACGGGGGACACGCGUGCCGUCAUCGCGCACGUGGCUCGCCGCUUCCCCCGCGCCCCGCUGCUGGCGGCAGGCUGGUCGCUGGGCGCCAACAUCCUGCUCCGCUACCUGGGUGAGGAGGGCGCCGCCACCCCCCUCAGCGCCGCAGUCUCCCUCUGCAACCCCUUCAACCUGCCCGUCAGCAACGAGAACCUCACUCGCGGCUUCAACCGGCUGUACGACCUCAACCUGGCGCACUCCCUGCAGCGCAUCUUCCGCAAGCACGCGCCGCUGUGGGCCGCCGCGCCGCCGCCCUUCCGCCCCGCCGCCGUGCCCGACUGCCACACCAUCCGCGCCUUCGACCAGGCCAUCACCAUCCACAGCUUCGGCUGGCCCAGCGUGGACGACUACUACGCCGGCAGCAGCUCCUGCCACAGUGUGCCGCACGUCACCGUACCCACACUGUGUAUACAGGCGCUUGACGACCCCAUCGCCCCCCGCGCCGCCAUCCCCUUCGCGCCCCUGCUCGCCAACCCGCACUGCCUGCUGGUCACCACCCUCACGGGCGGGCACCUGGGCUGGGUGGCGGGGGAGCAGGCGCCGUUCGGGGCGCCGUGGACAGACAAGGUGAUGUUCGAGUGGCUGACCGCAGUGGUGGCGGAGCUGCAGCCGCAGCGGCAGCCCGCGGGCAAGGAACUGGCGCGGCAGGAGCAGGAGGACGGCAUCAGCGCGCCGGUCCCCGCCCCUGCCCCGGCUGCUGCUGCUGCUGCUGCCCAAGCCUCCGCGCCUGUCCACUGAAGGCACGACUCCUGAGGACCCGGAGCCCGGAGCUACUCGCCUGGAAUGGCGCCGUCGGAACGCAUCAGUCAUUCCCGUAGAUCUGGGUACGAAGGAGCCGUCGAGCGCAUCCAUGAGUGAACAUGCGGUGCGACCCAUGGGUCAUCACCUCUCAGGCUGCCGCAUCGGUGGAAGGCUUCCUCCCUAGCGUGCUAUAUAUGAGGCGGCAAUCGGUGUUGCUGCGCUGUCUAGAUAUUUAAUUGUAGUUGUGCACGCCGCUGUGAGGUGGGUUGCGCAAGCGGCUCUCCUGCAAACUAGGGUUGUGGGGUGUGGCUGCUGCGACAGAGGGGCAGCCACAAAACGUCUGCAGCUGUUGGGGGGCUGUGUGUACCCGGGGGGGGGGUCUUUUGAAGAUGCUGGCUAGGAGAGACCGGGAAGCCGGCGCCGCUGGUGGUGGUGGUGGUGGGCUUCCCGGUGGCUGGGGCAUCAUGCCUUCAGUAGCAGGGUAUGACACGUCUUGGCAGCAGGGAUGACAACGGGUGUGGCUGCGAUUCGGGCUGGAUGAUGAGAUGGGCGGCUGACGUGCGGGUUUUAUUGCUAAGGGAGGGAGGGAGGGUGGUGCAGGGGUGCAGGGCUUGCGGGCGCUGCUCGGCGGCGGUGGAGACGUGAACAAGGAAGAGAGGCAUGAGAGCAAAAGAGAAGAUGAGAGGCAUGCAGGAUAUGCACGGCCGUUAAGGAGGCCGUGCAAGAGAGAGGAGCUGAGAGGAAUGUUUGAGGGUGCAGGAGUGAGCGUGUGAUGCGAUGCUGGUGGCCAUAAAUAAGGAGUAAAUGGUGAUUACAGCCGUUGAUAAGGGUGUUACUACCAGGUCAUAAGCCUGUCCCAAUCACCGCCCCUCUUCUGCGGGGGAGCGGUGCUGCCCCCGGGGGUCCGCUCUCAGGUACCGUACGUGCGUGUGCGUGUGCGGUACGUUUGGGGUUUGGUAGGAGGGGCAGCGGUGUAAGCUACGACCUCCAGUGGGGAGGUUGACCAAGCAAUGUGUGCAAUUAACUAUUUAACGAGUAAAAAAUGCAAGA